AUGGAUCAAAUGCGCGUCACGACGGUGGACGUCGCGUGCGUCCCCGGCACCGAGGCCGCGUUCGCGGCGGCGUCGAUCGCGAACGCGCGUUCGAGCGUCGAGGAGGAGGACAACGCGCGCUUCGACGUGCUUCAAGACGUCGGCGACGACGCGAAGUUCGUGCUCGUGGAGAUCUACGAUUCCCCCGAGGGCGUCGCCGCGCACAAGGAGACGGCGCACUACGCGCGGUGGCGCGACGACGUCGCGGACGCGAUGGCGGUCCCGAGGCGCGCGGGGAAGUACGUCCCCGUGUAUCCGUGGCGCGGGCUCUGGGGGAGCGGCGCGGCGGCGAGGAGGAAGGCGAGCGCGCGGUCGACGCCGGAGGAGGCGUCGUUUCUAAAGCCGAGGAGAGACGAUGGCGCGAGCGACGAGAACGAAGAUGAGGUGCGUUCUAUCUCACACUGGUCCCCGUACGACCGCGUUCGCGUGGUGAACGCCGAUCCUUAA